AUGGAUUAUCGCCUGUGUGGAAGGUUUAAUACAUUAAGGGCAUUUUAUCCCGAUGAAUUAGACAAAUCUCCAAGUAUAAAAUUUCAUAAUAAUGGGAAAAUUAAGAAUUACUGCCCUAUUGAAGAUUCAGGAAAUCAAGAAUGUAAGACUGAUCUCGAUAAAAUUAAGGCUGUAUUUUUAUGGUUAUUUGAACAAAAUAUUAUUAGUAGGAUUAGUAAUUUAAGUGAAGAUCAGCCUAAAGUGUUUAUUACAUACAUUAUUAUAUGGUUAAAUUAUAUAUUAAGACUAAAGAAUGUUAACGAUUUUAAGAAUAUAAGUGAAAUUUAUGAAGCGAAUAUAAAGAAUAAUACAGAUUAUAUUAAUCAUGACACAUGUGCUAAAGAUUGUAAUAUUAUAUUAAAAGAAAAAACGGAAUAUACUGAUUUUAAGGAGCUCAUAGAAAAAAACGAAUGUUUGAUGAAUAUUAGUAUUAAUGAUAUAUCUAAAUUUUAUGAUGCAUUUAAAAUUUUAUGUAAUAUGUAUAUUGAUUAUAAUGGAAAUAGUUCAAAUUGUGAAAAAUGUUCGGAAAAUGCUAUUCAAUUUGUUAAAAAAUAUAAUGACCUUAAUAAAGAUUCUGGUAUUACUGAAGAUAGUCCAUAUUAUCAAGCAUUGUCUACUUUAUCAACUGAUUAUAAUAAUUUAAAAGAUAAAUGUAACGAUAUAUCACCAUUCCCAUCGAUAGAAACAAUAAAAAUUCAUGUAAAAGGUUCUGAACAAAAAAUUGAACAAACUCCUGCACCAAAUUCUGAAGCUACAGCACAAAGUCCAUCGAUAGGAAACAAGUUAUUUAUAGUUUUAUCGAUAUUUGCUGCAAUACCAUUUUUUUUGGGAAUUGCUUAUAAGUAUUCGUUAUUUGGAUUUCGUAAACGAACCCAAAAACACCAUUUAAGAGAAAAUUUAAAAAAAUAA